AUGCAUUCAAUUCGGUGCCGUAGUCGAAGCAAGGUCGGUUGGCUGGUACUUCUAAAAGUUUUGUCGGUCUCGUUCCCUCAGGAUGCUCAUCUGAAUUGGAGGCAUGCACGUUCAUCGCAUGUAGUCGUUUUUGACCUUCUGAUCAACGAUUUUCCUGUGCUGCUGCUCGUUGACACCGUUCUCCUGAGUCGUGCCCACCAAAAAUUAAACGCGCAAUCGGACUCGUACUCGACUUAAUUAUGACAAAACUUCGCUGUCCUCGUAUCACGACAAACUGAUUCUGAUUUUCGUGUCGUCGUAUCGUUUCAUUGCAGUUCCUUCGUAAUCAUUCCUUUUCACACAAAACCAGGGUAAAUAUUCAUUCUCAUUUGCCCCCCUUUCGAAGUCACACCUCCAACUACGAUGCUUUUAUCAGAAAGCGCCAUUGAUCAUUCGCUAUCGCUCCGUAUUCGUAUCGUUCUCGUUUCGGGUUGCGGUGGGAGUGAAUCGUUAGCACUAUCGUAAAGUCGUGGAAUUAGAUCGAAAUCUAUCAACAAAAACUAACACAACCACACAAAAAGUAAAUAAAGGGAAAAACUGGUAAAGAAGAUAAAGACGAGGCCCGGGGGGCACGAGUCGUGGUUUCGUAUAGUCACAGUUUAGUGUCCAUUUGAGCACCUCCGACACCAUGGUGGUUCCGAUGCCAAGUAUCCAGGUGACGCCCGUCCCAACGGACUACGCAUUGAAGAGCAGAAAUUGGUUCUGGGCUUUCUCGGCGACUAUCUUCGUUUGCAGUAAUAUAAUUUUGCCACUUUUAUUCGGCGACGGCGUCGUGCUCGUGCUGCACGACUCAGGUCUCUUUGGAAGCACGUGCUCGUUCGGUUUUUGUACAGAGUCCUCCUGGUUGAGAUCUUCUUCGUGAAAUAAGCUGAGUUCUUUCGAAUAUGGUAAUAAAACAACAAAAAAUACAAAUUUUUUCAGGUAUGGUGCAGAUAUUCAUGUUCCUGAACAUUAUUCCGGGUUUUAUGAUGCUGAUCAUUUGCGGCGUCGGGUUUUACACGCUCCGCGAGAAGUCCAUCGAUAUGAACUGCCUCAUGACCUGGGGGAUGAUCUGCCUCGUAAAUGGCGUUUUCGACACCGUUUUUCUCAUCGACCGAGCAGUGAAGAUGGACCGCCCACUGUUCUCCUUCCAAGUGGAGAAGGCUUUUCUGUACAACACCAUCCAUUUUCUCAUACUCGCGGGACCAACCGCCGAACUGUGUAGUGCCUACCUGGUCUACAAGGUAAAUUACUGAGUUUUACCAACUAGCAGCAACAUCAGAUGAUCGCCACUGUUUCUCAUACUUGAACUUGUUUUUUGGUAGGAAUAGGAGAAGUUCUGUAUCUCCUGCUUGAUCAGGUCCAAUCUUUAACACGAGGUUGAGAGGGACUAUCCUAUGCUUCUGUCUGUUGCUACGCACAGGUAUACAAGGACGCGACGGACGAGAGCUUCAUGGUCGACAACUACCACAGCCGACAGCGAGGAGCCGCCGCCGGCAACGUCGCAAGCGCGUCCUACGGGGCAGGAGAGACCACCGGACUCACCUCGGGAGCGUCUCAGAGCGGCUCCACAUUUACACCCUUCGUCGGCAAGGGCAACACACUCGGGGGUACCCAGAGCAACGAUGAAAAUAGUGCCUGAGUUUUGUUGACCUUGAUCAAAAACUGACAUGAUGUGUGCUACUCUGUAAUCCAGCUCGAGAUGGACACUCAUGCCCUUGUUUUCCAUUGUACGCCAGAUUUUAUGUAGAUUUUUUCAUGUAUUUUCGCCUGUCUACUUUGUAAUUCAUUUUACCUGUAUUAAGCCCUUUUUCGAUGUAUGAUUUGUUCAAAAUUCACAUUGUCGCGAUGUUUGUGUAUGCUUCCAAAAUCCGCCCGUAGAAAUAUCAUAGCGAUAUUGCUUCUCUGUCUCCUUUGUAAAAAUUGGCGCGCUUGACUCUACUAUCUACUUGACGUCUGCGCCCCCCAGAGACAGCAAUAGCGGCCAUCGCUGCAUCCAGCUAUUCUUCCCUUAUCCUCCGCCUCCGCGCGGCUGCACACGCAACUCAACUGCAUGUAGAAAGCCGCGGCGCCUGUGUAACAGCACAAUGUCAGCAAUGCGGGAGCUAUUCGCGAGGUCAAGAAUAUCUGGUACGGCGACCACUGCUCUUCUAUGAUAAAUACUCUACUCGUGCCACAAGAAGUAGAAACGGGAUCUCUGCUUCCCUAGAUUGGCAAAGAUUGUUUUGUAGAAUACAGUCUUCAUCAGAUACCAAGCACGUUGCAUGUGCUGUCAAAU